AUGCCUCCCUUCUACCAUUUCGACCGCUCACAGGUCCCCGUUCCUCCCUCCAGUGCUUCUGCCCAACCGAAUCCAGUCGUGUCCUACACGUCCCUUAACAACGCGUUGAACCCAGAUACACGGCCAGCCACUAGCGAUACCGCGUACCAACCGUCUCCUCAACCAGCCCAGUCUUCCUCGUCCCAAAUGGCGUCCGAUAGCCGCUACGCCUAUCCUAACUCUCAGGAAGUUUCGCCUUCCUUUAAUUACCCCCCCUAUGCACAGUACGAGCCUCCACAAUUUCAGCAGCAACAGAAUUCUUCACGGGCCACAGUCCGUUCCGCGUCCUCCCAAGCCCAUUCUCCCCACCAACCUUCUCAACCAUACAAUCCGCCUCCCCCUCCUUCCUACCCUACGCAGCCGCCAUAUCCUCCACCACCCUACGGUGUGGCUCCUCAACCGUCAGGGCAAUGGACAGGCGAGAGUUGGCCUCACUACCCUCCUCCUCUCCCCCCGUCCCAUGUUCCACCAAGUCAGGAAGCAUCUUAUGCUGGAGGUGCCCGACCGGAAAUGUCGCCGAGUUCAUCUAGUGAGCAUCGCCCAUAUCCGGCCGCAGGCCCCUCGAGACCGGAUGUUAGUCGCAACGAAGAGCGACCGGCUCGGGCGCCAGAAGCCGCUCCGCCGCCUAAAGUACGUAAAACCAGGGAGAAUGAUCCUCUGCCUCCGCCCGCUCCUGCCCCCGCACCCGCCUCUGCGCUUCCACCGCCGUCUCCUCUCGGAUUGGACUUUUUUAAGUUAUUAGAUUCGUAUCGUCUUGUAAUGAAUACUGCAUCAGCAUUGAUGCAGCAAGAUCCAUCACUUACCCGUUCUGCACCCUCGCCCGAGAAUAUGGACCGAAUGCUACAGGCUGCCACAUAUGGUGUGCAGACCUUGGAUACCGCCAGCAAGCUCUCUCCUCCAGAGCCCCCUCGAGCAAAUGACCGCAGUCCAGAAGAGCCUGAUGGCCAGGGGCAUCAGCCUGCGGCUCUUGAGCAAGCAGAGACUCAACCCGGUACAGAAGGGCAGACAUGUUUAGGUUGCGGUGCGACGUCUACCCCAGAAUGGCGACGAGGCCCUAUGGGUCCACGUACCCUAUGCAAUGCAUGUGGACUAGUCUACGCUAAGCUUAUUAAGAAGCGCAGCCGAGGUGAUCAGGCGCGUACGCGGGGUACGCUACAAGGGAACUCAGGUAUGCAGGGACCCGUCGACGAAUCCGCACAAGUAUCAAGCAACGAAGGCGGCAGCGACGAUGACGAUUCAUACGGUUCCCAAGACCGCCGCAGCGAAGGGUACGGUGGGCGAGAGUGA